AUGCUUGCGCAUUCUCCGACCACCGCGGCAGGAGCGAUAGUCGCCUUCUGGGCCGGCUUUGCGGCCCACGGCUGGCUCGGGCCUGCGGUGGUUCCUGAGCCUGACUGGCCUCGUGGCGGGCCAGGGCACGAGCUGGAGGACCCCUCUACCAGCUCGUCCUUCACCAGCGUGACGCGGGAGCCGUGCCCCGCCUUCGACCCGCAGAUCCAUUGCCCGGCGCCACCGGCGCCACCAGCGCCCACUCCAGCGUCCCCUGAGGCGCUGCGCGUGGUGGGCGAGGGCGUGACCGCGACCGUCGAGGUCCCGGUGGUGCCGGCGAGCGCGAUCGUCGUCGCGCUGCAGGCCUUCGUUGGCUGGGGCUGCUGCCGCUGGUGCGAGGGCCGGGCUGCGGCACGGCGCGGGCUUGAGCCCGUCGGAGAGGCGCGGAUCCACUAUUCGUCGGAUCCAGGCUGGACGCAUGAGCGGAUUCUGUGCUGGCCCACGGCUGCCGACCUCUCGGAGUGGAUGGCGUACACUGCUGGCAACCAUCUGUAUCCUGAAGGGCGGGCCGACUACACCUCAGUGGUGAAGUGGACUGGCAAGCGGGUCUACCCGCCGGGCACGACCAAUGUUGUCGCCUUCAGACGGCCCCUGACGAACGAGGAGCUUCUCAGCGUCGUCAAGCGGGGCCGCGGUGAGGCGAUCGCGGACCACGGCAACGCGGCUGCCACCUGGGCCGGGACAGGCGUGACCUGGACCGGUCGCCGCCUCGCAGUGCCGGACGUGAUGGCGGUCGACGCGCCGAGGGUGAGGCUGUCGCCGAACGCCGUCGUCCGGGGCAGGUACGGGGUCGACCAGGACUCGCUGGGCGAGUGGUUCCCGAUCGAGUACGUGACCGACGACGCGAUGGAGCGGUGGCGCGAGGAUAAGCUGGUGGCGGCCGACAAGCUCCGACCCGCCCGCGAGGCCUUAGAGGAGAGGCUCUUCCCUGGCCGCGAGGCCGGCGCUGGCGGGACCCGCACCCCUCCGCCAGAGCCAGAGGGCGGGGGGCUUGGCCCCGAGUGGGUCGCCACUCACGAGAAGGAGGACUUGCGCACUUGCUGGAUCGAUACCGACGAGACCGGGGCCAGGUUCAAGGAGUGGAGGAAGGUCGUGCAGGAGAGCACACAGGAGAUCUUCUCGGACUCGAGCAUCCGUGGGCCUCCCGCCUGCCUCGAGAUUUGUCGUGAGAUGUAUCGCCACGGUGGCACGCCCAAGAUGUGGUUUCAGGAGUGGUGCAAGGAGCAGGGCGUGACCAGGAAGGAUCGCGCCUACCACGAGGUGCAGACCUUGAUCGAGGUGCUGUACCUGGCGGGGACCUACGACCAGCUCAACAUGGGCGCCCUGGCGUCGUUGGAGGUGGUCUCGCGGCGGCUGCUGCAGUACGUGGAGGCCUACGCGCACGGGGCCGAGAACGCGAACUGGGGCGCGGCGAAGCACCUGGGCGGCACGACCAACCCGCUCGACUUGGUGCCCGACGCGCUCCGCAGCUAUGCCAGCCGACUGUCCAAGGAGGAGCAGGAGCUGGAGGCGCUGCGGAUGCGGUCCCGCGUCCCCGGCGCUGCUCCAGCCGACGGCGCGGGCGCGGCAGCCGCGGCCCUGCCGGCGGCGCCGCGGUCGGCGCUGAGGGAGCUGAUGCGGCCGGCAGGGGCCGCGGUCGAGGCGGGCGGGGCCGCCGAGGGAGGCGAGUGCCCGACCGUCUCCCGCAGAACGAAGGGCAGCUCGGGGCUCCGUGGGUCGGCCUGCCUGCCCAUAGCCCCGUUGGCGGCGCUCCCUGACGACUGGUGCGACGGCCUGACGCCUGGUCAGCGGCGCCGCUGGCUGCGAGAUGGCAACGCAGCCUGCAAGAGCUUGAAUUACUUGCACGGUGGUGAGCAUCGCGGUGGCACGGCGCCCGAGGGGAGCGUUAGCCAGCGUAAGAUGGAUCUCAUCAGGGCCGAUGUGCAGCAGCGCGUCUUCUCGGCGGCUCGUCGCUGGAUUGACGUUGACAGCGCCAUCAUAGAGAAGGAGGCUUUGGCCAAGCUUCUGAAGGGCAAGGCGGGUUACGCCCCUCUUGGCUCUACCAGCAUGGGCUCCUACGAGUACUCGCGGGUCAGCUUGCCGGACAGCGUCCUGGACGCCCCCAGUCUGGCCCAGAUGCUACCUGCGGAGGCGAGGAUUUUUCUCGAGGAGUACUCCACCAAGAUGCUGCUUCCCCCUCGUGAGGCGGCACUAAUACGAGAGCUUCAUGGACUUCCUGGUUGUCAUACUGACCCUCUGCUGCUCCAACGUCCUCGGAGUUGCGCGAAGUUCGUGAGACGGGCGCUCAAGAUCGGGCUCGUGACUUUGACCCGACGACCUUUGAGCGUUCUUGGACUGUUUUUUGUAAAAAAGAAGGAUGGUGAGCGCCUGCGCCUCAUCGUGGACUGUAGACGCAGCAAUGCUCUUUUUCGUCCCCCGCCUGGUGUCGACUUGCUGUCAGGUGAAGGGCUUGGCCGCAUCGAGGUGCCGGUGCUUAAGGAGGGGGACCUCAGCGAGCUGCGCGUUGUCCUGGGGGUCGGCGACGUCGCCGACUGCUUCCAUCGGAUGAAGCUGGACGGCGACAUUCGGCGCUACUUCUGCUGGCCGCCGCUGUUAGCCUCUGCCACAGGCGAGACCCUCAUCGAGGGUCAGGCGGCUGGCGACUCGGAGAUGGUGUGGCCCAUGAGUCAGAGCUUGCCGAUGGGCUUCUCAUGGUCGCUUUUCUUCGCGCAGGCGGCCAACCAGUCGCGGCUCGAUCGGCAGCCGUCCUUGGCAAGGAGCUUGCGGCUCAGUGAUCGAGGGCCGCCUCUUGUCCUUCGCCGCGGGCCACAUAAUGAGGACCUCGGCCACUUCAUGUACGUCGAUAACGCCGGCGUCCUUGGUUUGUCAGACACCGCCGUCCGCUCAGCCCUUUACGAGGCCCAGUCCGAUUUUGAUCGUGACCAUCUCAAGUUUCAUGAGGUUGAACUUCACGUGGGAGGUGGUCGUUCACUGGGCUGCCACCUGGAUGGAGCAAGGCUCUGCACGCGGCCUACGGACGAGAGGUUCGCAGCCGUGCGGAAGGGCCUGCGAUGUCUCCUCAGGCAGCGCAAGGUUGCCGGGUGGCAGCUUGAGAUGGUGCUGGGCCACAUGACGUUCAUGGCCUUGGUACGGCGCGAGCUGCUGUCUAUCUUUCACGCAGUGUACGCUUUCGUGACGAGCAGCUAUCACACCUUUUCAGUCCUUUGGCCUACUGUUCGAGAGGAACUGGAGUGUUUCUUGGGAUUGAUGGUGAUGCUCGAGGCUCGCUGGGACCGCGACUGGAUGCCGUUCGUUUACUCGUCGGACGCCAGCCUCUACGGAUACGGCGUCGCAGAGGCGGAGUUCGACUCUGCCCAGGUGGCUCUCGUCGGCCGCAUCUCGGAGCUGAGUCGGUGGCGUUUGGGCGCUGGUCUGGCUCGUCAGCACGCCUUCGAGAGUGCCGGGUUUCUUCUGAACUCAGAGACGGGCGAGGUUGUCCGCGACGCCGAGGGGGCGCCGAGGCGGCUCGACUCCGAGCUGCUGGACAUCCUCAACAGCGAGCGCUGGGAGUGCGACCCGGGGUUCCCCGAGGUCCCGCACGAGCUGCUUCACGAUUCCCACUGGAAGACCGUGAUGGCAGAUCGCUGGGUCUUUGCUGACGAUAUUCUGAGGCUUGAGGCCAGAGCACUGGUGAAGCGGACGCUGCAGCGCGGCAGCCUGCCGCCGCAGGCGCCGGCCGCGGGCUCCCCGCAGGAGCCGGCGGCGAGUGCGCCUCGCAGGGUGCGCACCCUGAGCCCGGGGGCGAGCGCGAGCAGCUCUGCGGCGGCCCCGCCGGCGAGGCGAGCGCGUGUGCUGGACGCGUCCCAGGGCCUGGAUGCGAGGCUCGUGGCUGCCGCCCCGCCGCACUGCCCGGCGCAGACGGACACCGUGGAGGCCUUCCUCGAGACGCCGGCGGGCAAGCUGACUCCAGCAAGCGCCGGCGUCCCCGCGGCGGCCGUGGACGCGGGCGCCUCACAGAGCUACGAGAGCAGCGACGUGGAGGAGCGGCGGCUGGUGACCGCCUCGCGCCGGAACCUCGAGCUUCGGGGCAAGGCUCGCGUCCGCAGGGCCAUCCAGGCCCACGGCAGCGACAUCUGGAGGCACGGCCACAACACGGGGCUGAGCUACUUGGAGAAGCGCUCGGUGGGGGCCAGGUCGCUGGAGACCUACCGAGAGUGCGCCCUCGCGUUCUGUGCCUGGGCAGGCUUCUUGCUGACAGCCAUGCCCGCGUCGGCCGUGCUGGACGUGAAGUUGGUCGAGUACAUGAACAAGCUCUUCCUCGAGGGGGUCAAGAGCUGGCGUGGAGAGAAGCUCAUUGCUGCGAUGAUGUUCUUCCACCCGGACUAUGGGAAGUCGGGUGGCCUCUACAUGCCGCGUGCCCUUCGUACGCUCAGGGGCUGGAAGCGGCUCAGCCCAUCAAGAUCGCGGAAGCCCUUGGUGUUCGCGAUAUGGGCGGGCAUCGCGGUCGAGAUGGCCAGGCUGGGCGCUCCUCUCGCCGGGGUGAUGGUGCUCAUCAUGGUGGAGUGCUAUCUUCGACCCGGCGAGAUGCUGGGGCUGACGUCGAACUCGUUCUUGCCGCCUUGCAGCCACGCCGUGGACAACUGGGUGCUGCUCCUCUUCCCGGAGAGCGGCACGGCGCGCAGCAAGACGGGGUCGUCGGACGACUCGAUCCCGAUCGAUUCGGGAAGGAUGGCCUGGAUGCAUCACAUCUACCGGGCCCUUCGCGAUCGAGGGUCGUCUCAGCCGCUGCUCGGCCUGACCUACCCGCAGUUCCUGGCGCUGUUCAGGCGGGCGGCUCACAACAUCGGGGUCGACGCGGUGCCCUACCAGGGGAGACACUCCGGGGCAAGCUUGGACAGGGCCUCGAACCGCCGGACUCAGGAGGAGGUCCAGAAGCGCGGGCGCUGGGCCACACUCACCUCGGUCAAGCGCUACGAGAAGGCGGGCAGGCUGAACGAGUCGUGGGAAGGCCUGUCGGAGCUCACGAAGUCGUUCUGCGUGGCUGCUCUGAGGGUGCUGGAGGAUGCGCAGAAGGCUCCGUAUCUCUUGGAUCUCUUCGCCGGUGGUGGAGGGGUCGCCGCGUGGGCUCGCAAGCUGGGGAUGCCUGCCAUCAGCUUAGACCUUCGGCCGGGCGCUGAUCAGGAUGUGUGCAGUGCUGCUAACCUCCGCAUCAUCGCGGAUCACUUUCGCCGUGGUCUCAUUCGUGCUGUGAUGAUUGCGCCUCCGUGCGCGUCCUUCUCGCUGGCCCGGAACAGGUACCCCCCCAUGAUCGUGAAACAGUAA